CCCUCAUUUCUUCCAUUUUGAAUUGAUUCUGUUUUGCGCUAGGUUGUGUGCGACGUGCGUAUCUGUGCUCUAGUGUUAAUAUAAUAUAAAUAAACAGUAUAUUUUAAGUGUAAAAAAACAGUAGCUGUAAAAAAUGGCCGAUACACCAGCAGAAUCUGCUGCUCCUUCAGCAGCUCCAAGUGGAGGUACCCCAUCAACGACGCCACAACGUGGUGGUGGCAGUGGCGGCGGUGGCAUUGGUGGUGGUGGUCCUCGAGGAGGCCUUCGGGGCAGAGGAGGUCCUGGAGGCGGUCGUGGCGGACCAAGAGGACGCGGAGGCUUUAGAGGUGGUCGUGGCUUUUCGGCCUAUAGUGGUGGUCCCGGCGGGCCAGGGCGUGGAGGCCCUAUGAUGCGCGGCCGCGGAGGACCAAGGGGUGCGCCUAGAGGCCGAUUCCCACCAGGUGGUCCAGAGUAUUUUGACGAAAUUUACGAUGGUGUCUCAGGCGGACCAGAUGGAGAUGGAUCGGGGCCACGAGGACCCCCAGGAGGUCGCGGUAUGGGUAGAGGUGGCCCUGGUGGUUUUCGGGGACGUGGAGGCCCUGGUGGCUUCAAAGGGCCUGGUGGUGAUAGAGGGGGAAUGGGUGGUGGCCGAGGAAGAGGUGCACCAAGGGGUGGUAGGCCAUUUGGAGGACCUAGAGGCGGAGGUCGUGGGGGACCAAUGGGACAGAAGCGCCCAUCUGGACAGUUUGGUGGUGGACAAGGAGGUCAAAGUGGCCCAGGAGGUCCAAAGAGGCCGAGAUUUGAUAAUGGCGGACAAUCUCAGAAUGGUUAUAACCAAGGGGGUGCUGGCGGUUAUGGUCAGCAAUCUUCAUACUCGACACAAUAUGGUCAAGGUGACCAGUCCUACGGACAAGGCCAAGGGUAUAGUCAGGGCGGUUAUGGAAGCGGUGGAACUGGUGGAUAUGGUAGUUCCAACUACUCCACUACUUACCCGAAUACUGGGGCGGGAGGUUACGGAAGCACAGACUAUUCAACGGGUUAUGGCACAUCUCAGGGAGCUGACGGUUAUGGGGCGCAAGGUUACAGCAGCGGAGCUGCGGGUUAUAAUAGUCAACAAGGCGGCGGAUACGAUGAUAGAAGUGGUGGAUAUGCAUCAGCUGGUGGAUAUGGUUCAACAAACCAGGCUAGACGAUUCUAAAAAUUGCCCCAAAAACAAGGCUUUAUUUAUAGUAUUUUAAAACAAUUAUGUAAUUUGUUUUAAGUUUAGUGUAAAUGGAUGACUAUAUAAAUAUUUUUUUUAUUCAACUGUAGUUGUUAGGUGUAAGUUUUUUUUUUAUCGAUUUUGAUAGAUGAUAAUUUGUCAGUCAGCAAUUUGAUGUUGCGUUACCUAUAUUUAUAAAAAAAAAUUGUGAGUAGGAUCUCAAAACAAAUGUCUUCUGCAAUAUUAUUAGUUUGUGUGAACUUAAUUAAAUAUUUGGAUAAUGAUGUCCCUUCAAUAAAAAUUUGUACAUAAAUUA